CCUAGAUAUUCUCCAGCAUGUAGAAGAGAGAGGCACACACAGAGGAAGAGAGGAGCAGACAGACAGGGAAGGAGCGGGGAAAUGGGAAAAGAGACACAAGGACAAUAAACAGAGAGAGAGAGAGAAUUAAAAAUCAGAGGCAGGGGAGGAAAGUGUGCAGACAAAAGGAGGUGGAUGCACCAUCUGUUGCCAAAAAGGGAAACAUGUUAGCGAUUCAGACCAGAGCAGCGAAGCAGCCAAGAAUCUGCAGUGAGAUGAAUAAAACGCCUCCUGAAUGGUAGGUAACCCUCUUCACUGCGUCUGUGCUCAUGUCUGCUUUUCCUCUAAAUGUGCUGAUAUGUUUUCUGUGAUCCGCUUCAUUUUAGCUCACAGCCUGUUUUCAUAGAGAUGUUUCCAAAUCCUUUUGUACCCCGUUUGUUCCAUUUAAAGGAAAACAAACAUCUGGAUUCAGCAGACGCUUUCUGAAAAUGCAAAAUACUCAAACUUGGUGAAGCAAAAACCCGCAGUGUGUGUGUUUCUGUAGGUGGUCUUAAACACACACUUUACCUCAACACUAAUCCUGUUAACGUCUGAUGAAAGCUACUUUAUUUACUCAAAUGAAAAGACUCAGAACGCAGAAUCUGCCGCUAAAGGACAAAAAAGCUUCAACACUAAGAACAGAUCCUCGCAUAUCUUUGGGUCUGCAGCAUGCAAAUCGUUGAGCAGAAGCAGCAAAAACGUUCAGGGCAUUUGAAUCAUCUGUUGCAUGCCGUGAGAGUUUAGAGAGAAAAAUUAGGGCUCCAGAAUAAAUGAUGCACACUCCAGCCUCCAUGGUGAUGGGGAUAGUCUUUGCACCUUUGGGACUGGUUCUUGUCUUCACCGCUGCCAUCACCCCUCAGUGGAGGGAGGGAAAGGCACGUCUAAACAUCGGAGGAUCUGGUUUUCUUCUUCGAACAGGACUAAAGGGUCAAGGGAUGGGUGCCAGGUCUGGGUCAGCGGAGGCCUUGCUCCUGCUGCGCUCUGACGGGCUGUGGGAGAGCUGCCUACAGGUGGAGCAAUCAGAACUGAAGCAGUGCUGGCCCGUGUCUGGUUUAUACCAGAGAGACUCACGGGUCCGACUGGUGCAGGGCCUGGUGCUGAGCUCUUUGUUCCUGUGCGGCAUUGGCAUCCUUCUGGCAUGCAUCGGGGUCCGAUGCUGGACGGACCUGCCUCUGAGAAGGGUCGCAGCGUCCGGCGGGCUACUUGUGGUGGUCGCCGGCCUUCUGAGCCUGGCCGGGUUGGGCGUGUACACCCACAACCUCAGAAGACUUGGGAUGGAUCCGAGCCGAGGGGUCAGCAACCGCUUCCCCCAACUCAACCUCAACGCCGCCGGCUCGCUCUAUUUCGGAUGGCUGGGCUCAUGCUUACAGGUGCUGGGAGGAAGCGCGUUGCUGUUCAGCUUCAAGCGACCCAGAUGUCCAGCCUGUCCAUCACGCCAGGAACAAACCGUCUGCCCUGCCUGCCGCUCCUGCCCAGAAGUCACCAGCAAAACAGAUGUGGAUGUGUAUGAAGUCAGCUGUUAGAAACGAGAAUCCACUGAUGAACUAAUCCAUACAAAGAGGCCGGGAGUCCAUGAACAUAAAUGAUUAACAGGUGUGAACAUAGUGAAUGCAGCAUAGAAAGUGAUGGACGUCCAUAUAAAGUGAAACAUGACACGAGUAUCGAUUAGUGAUGCCUUUUAACUUCGUACUGUUCGCAGAAAUUGGACCUUUUCUGUCUGAAGAAUGACAUUUUUGUUCGAGGACAUCAGAUUAGCAGCGUUUUGUUUUCAGGCUUUACAUGAAUGGUUUUACUUUUGCUAUAAAACAUCUUAUUUGAUGUCAUAUAACCAUUUUCGUGUUCCUUGUUGCUGCAUUGAUUCUGAAAUAAAAGAUUUUAAUUAUGCAUCUAA